AUGGCUUCAUUUCUAAGAAAUAUUUGUAGACAACCCUAUUCUCGACAAUUAGCAACUCGUUAUCUAAGUGCAACUGCUGUCGCAUCUGCAUCGCCUUCUCAUGGUUUACUUCGACUGAAAGAAUAUUAUGAUAGCACCCUGUCAGAAGAUUUAAUGGUAUUAGGGUAUGAUCAUAGUCGUGUUGCACCCCCAACUUUAAAGAUUCCUGAUCUUGAGCAAAAAGAACAACAACCAGUAAAGACGAAAGAGGCUGUUCGUACUCGCAAGGGUGGUAAACCAGUCAAGCCAAUUCAGCCUCUUAAGAGUCCAAAGACAAUUCCUCAUCUUGAUAAAAUUGUACUUCAUGCUAUGAUUAAAGAUUCUAUUCAUAGUAAAAGUCAUUUAUUAUCCGCUUUUAUGGCCUUUCAAAGCAUCACAGGUGUUCGUCCUGAAGUCGUAUUUGCUAAAACCUCCGUUGCUAAUUGGAAAUUACGUCAAGGUAUGCCAGUUGGUGUCAAAGUGACAUUAAAAGGAGAAGAAAUGUAUCAAUUUAUGGACAAAUUGAUUGAAAUUGUUCUUCCUCGUUUAAAGGAAUGGCCUGGACUUUCAAUGACAGCAGGGGAUGGUAAUGGUAAUAUUGCGCUUGGCUUUCCACCAUCUGCACUUGCCUUAUUCCCUGAAAUUGAAGGUUCCUUUGAUGUUUAUCCAAGAAUGACAGGCUUUGAUAUUAUUUUUAAUACAACAGCUUAUACAAAUACUGAGGGUCGUUUAUUACUUUCUGCUUUGUCGGUACCUUUUCAAACAAACAGCAAGAAAUAA